AUGGCUACCGCCUCCCACCCUCCCUCCGCCACGAUUCAAAUCGAACAACCACUGCCAGAUUUUCAGGCGAGUGUCAAACUGAAGUACGUUAAAUUAGGCUACCAUUACUUGAUUACCAAUCUUUUCACUCUUUCUCUCCUCCCUCUCAUUGUCGUCACCGCCGUCCACGUCACCCAACUGAAUCUUGAAGAUGUCAAGAACCUCUACGCUCACCUGCAAUACCACCUCUUCGCCGUCUUCGCCGUGACUUGUACGGCCGUGUUCGGGUUCACAGCCUACCGUACGACCCGACCCACACCCGUUUAUCUCGUUGACUAUUCUUGCUACCGACCGCCGGACCACCUGAAAGUCCCAUACCAUGUGUUUAUGGACCAUUCGAAACUUCACGGUGCCUUCAAUGAGUCGUCGCUUGAGUUUCAACGUAAGAUUCUUGAACGUUCCGGUCUCGGAGAGGAAACUUACCUCCCGGCGGCGCUGCAUGCCAUCCCGGCUGUACCAUCGAUGGCAACUGCUAGAGAAGAAGCAGAGGAGGUGAUGUUUGGAGCUCUUGACAAUCUUUUCAAUUCGACGAAAAUCAAUCCGAAAAACAUCGGGAUCUUGGUGGUUAAUUGCAGUCUUUUCAAUCCAACUCCGUCGCUAAGCUCCAUGAUCGUUCACAGAUACAAGCUCCGAGGAAACAUUAAGACAUUUAAUCUGAGCGGGAUGGGUUGCAGCGCCGGUGUGAUCGCCGUUGAUUUAGCAAAAGAUAUGCUACAAUCAAUGCUGAUCCCAAACUGUCUUUUCCGAGUCGGUUGCGCCGCCGUGCUUUUAUCAAACAAGUCCGCCGAUAAACGCCGGUCAAAAUACAAACUCCUCCACGUCGUCCGUACCCACUACGGCUCCAACGACACUGCUUUCAAAUGCGUUUACCAAGAUCAAGACGACGCAGGAAACACCGGAGUCUCGCUUUCAAAAGACUUAAUGAUGGUCGUCGGCGGCGCAUUGAAGUCAAACAUCACCACACUAGGCCCACUCGUACUUCCAAUCAGCGAACAGCUUUUAUUUUUCGUCAACCUCCUCGCCAGAAAACUCAUAAACUCAAAAAUCAAACCAUAUUUACCGGAUUUUAAGCUGGCGUUUGAUCAUUUCUGCAUCCACGCCGGCGGGAGGGCGGUGAUCGACGAAAUGGAGAAGAAUUUGCAGCUGACGGAGGAGCACGUUGAAGCGUCACGGAUGACGUUGCACCGAUUCGGGAACACAUCAUCAAGCUCGAUUUGGUACGAAUUGGCCUACACAGAAGCCAAAGGGAGAAUUAAGAAAGGGAAUCGGGUUUGGCAAAUCGCCUUCGGAAGCGGGCUCAAAUGCAACAGCGCCGUCUGGGUGGCUGUUCGAACCGUCGCACCAUCGACUGAUAAUCCUUGGGAAGAUUCCGUUGAUAAGUACCCUGUGAAAAUGAUAUAUUAA